CCUUAGACUACCAUCCGGCUGUGUACUGCCAUUGUGGAUUGAAAUCCCCUCUAUGUGUUGGACGGGGAAGCGGGAGAAGUUUUUAUGGGUGUCAAAAUUGGCUGGGUGCUGGUUGUGGUUUUUUCAUGUGGAAGGAUUCAGAUUCGGCUGAAAGAAAAGCGCCACUUGUUGGUACAUUGAUGAAGACGAAUACAGAUGAUAUGAAGGCCUUGGUUUCUGGGAUUGCUGAACACAUAUGUGCUGUUGAAGAAAAACUUGGAUGUGUUGUAAAGGUUGUUGAAAAAGAAGCACAAGAUAACAAAAGAUUUAGGCAGAUGUGUGGUUUAGUGUUCAUUGUAGUUGUUUGUUUUCUUGGUAUUCUGUAUAUGAAUGUCAACAAGAGUAGGUACAUGUACUAGGAAUUUAGAAGUAUUUGAGCAAGUGAUGUUGUUUGUAGUCUGCUUUCAUUUGCAGAGGUAAUGUUAACAUGAUCCUUGUUGGGACAUAUUUAUUCAAUUGAGUUUAAA